UUCUCUAGCUUGCAGUUCCCCAUAGACCAUACAUUCCAAGAUGGAGGGAGAUCCUCUGCAGAAACUGCUGAGCACAGAGGAAACAUCACAAGAAGAAGAAGAGAAGUUAUCAUUGGUGAAGAGGGUGUGGGAAGAGAGCAAGUUGAUGUGGAUAGUAGCAGCACCAGCCAUAUUCGCUAGAUUCUCAACCUUUGGUAUCUAUGUUAUCAGUCAGGCAUUUGUUGGUCAUAUUGGCUCAAGAGAACUCGCUGCUUUUUCUCUUGUAUUUACUGUUCUCAUGCGAUUUGUCAAUGGUAUUCUGUUAGGAAUGGCAAGUGCAUUGGCAACACUUUGUGGACAAGCUUAUGGUGCAAAAGAAUAUGGCAUGAUGGGAGUGUAUCUUCAAAGAUCAUGGAUAGUUUUGUUCUCGACUGCACUCCUCCUUCUUCCCUUGUUCAUCUUCACAAGCCCAAUUUUGACGAUCUUAGGCCAAGAAGAAAGCAUAGCACAAGUGGCAGGAACACUUUCUCUUUGGUCAAUUCCUGUCCUGUUUGCAUUUAUUUGGUCAUUCACUUGCCAGAUGUUCUUGGAAUCUCAAAGCAAGAACAUCAUUAUUUCAUUUUUGGCAGCUUUCUCAAUAAUUAUUCAUGUAUUCCUCUCGUGGCUUUUGACAAUAAAAUUGAAGAUUGGGAUUGCUGGUGUAAUGAUUUCAACAAUUUUGGCAUACUGGAUUCCCAACAUUGGUCAAAUUAUAUUUAUUACAUGUGGUUGGUGCCAUGAAACAUGGAAAGGUUUCUCAUUUUUAGCGUUCAAAGAUCUUUGGCCUGUUGUCAGGCUUUCCCUUUCAUCUGGUGUCAUGUUGUGUCUUGAGCUGUGGUACAACACAAUAUUGGUUCUUUUAACAGGCAACAUGGAAAAUGCAGAGGUUCAAAUUGAUGCUCUAUCUAUAUGUCUGAACAUCAAUGGAUGGGAAAUGAUGAUAUCACUUGGUUUCAUGGCUGCAGCAAGUGUUCGAGUGGCAAAUGAACUUGGAAAAGGAAACUCCAAAGCAGCAAAGCUCUCUAUUGUUAUGACAGUUCUUACAUCACUCUCCAUUGGGUUCCUUCUGUUUUUGUUUUUCUUAAUUUUUAGGGAAAGACUUGCUUAUAUAUUUACCUCGAAUGAAGACGUGGCUGUUGCUGUUGGGGAUUUGUCACCUUUGUUGGCAGUCUCUAUACUACUAAACAGUGUUCAACCUGUACUCUCAGGAGUGGCUAUUGGAGCAGGCUGGCAAAGCAUUGUAGCAUAUGUGAACAUUGGGUGUUAUUACAUCAUUGGUAUUCCUGUAGGUGUUGUACUUGGUAACGUUAUCAAUUGGCAAGUCAAGGGUAUCUGGAUUGGAAUGUUGUUUGGAACACUUAUUCAAACUAUAGUGCUAAUAAUAAUCACCUGCAAAACUAAUUGGGACGAUCAGGUGACUAAAGCCCGAAAUCGUAUAAACAUUUGGUCUGAAAAGGACCCUGAUCAUCAUGAAACAAUUACAUCAGAUAAUUAGUUUCAGGCCCUUCCUAUUUAUUGUUAUCUUUUGUUUUGCUUUUGUUAUCCAGCCAAGAGGUUGAUUGAUAGCUAUAAUAUGGUUAUUCAUUAAUCUUGAAUCUUCAAAUUAAAUUAUUGGACUUUAUGUCUUUAUCUUUUCUUUUCAUAUUUAUCUUUUCUUCAAAUUAAAUUACUAAGUUUAACCUCCUAAAAUAUUCUAAAAUUAG